GAGGAAUUUUACUCGGUGCCAUCUAGCGACGAUCGUUAUAGAACGAGAGAUACUCAUUUUAUGGAUAAGAACAGCUCCAAUCAGAAAAGAGUAUUUUUCACCCAAAGAGGUCUGCUAGCUUUUGAUCACUGUACGUGAAUUCGAAAACCUGUUAAUGUCAACAUUUUGCUAUUGAACGAUAGUCAUGGAAGACUCUUUCAAGCCCAACGAAUUAAAGGCUACUUUAGAGAUGUACAAGAAGCUCGCCGAUGAUUUCACAAAUCACGACACGAUUUUGAAGGAUAAAACCGUGCUAUUGUAUUUGGCAUAUGUAUUGGAAGUGCCUGACACGGAGGUCGUACGUUUGGCAUUGGAUAUUCUUGAGAUAUUUAUUAAAAAUGUUGAAAAUUAUGUACACGUAACCUCCACUUUCGGUAUACGAGAGGCUCUAGAUUCUGUUGUCAACAAAUAUGCCCUGGAUGAGCCUAAACUAGCUAAACAUGCACAAUCUAUGAAGGAUGACAUAGAGCGAAUGAAACCUCCAAUUUAUAAUUUGAGGAGUCGUUGCAGAAGAGUUAUCGAGCCUAAGAAACUUAAGACACAUGUUAUUAUUUUACAUGUUCAUGGACUACUCCCGGAAACUCGAGCAGAGCUGGAAACAACCUUAAUAAGGAUUGAAGGACUGGUUUCACUUGUUGUUGAUGUUGAACAUCAACGUGUGACUAUGCGUACUUUGAGCAAUGUUACUGCUAAACAAAUUGCUGAAGCCAUACAAAAGAAUACACAAAACAUGGAAGCAAGAUUAGUUACCAGAAAUAAAUUUAAUCAGGAAUUUUUAGUAAAAUUGGUACACAAUGAUAUUGAUGACUGUGAUGAGAUGCCUGAAUAUUUACCAGAAGAAGAGGAGCAAGAAGAUGAGAAGGAUGGUGUUGUAUCAUUAUUCACAGGUUUAAGGCAGAGUGCAUCCACAUUAUAUAAGUCAACUGCUGAAUUUCUCCAUAAUUCAUUUUAUUGGUAAUUCAUCAUAUCUCCUUAGAUUUAUUAUAGUUAAAUAUGAUAUUAUUUAUUUGACAUACAAAUGUAAAACGUACCUUGCAAUCAGGUUGCUUUGUUAUCCGUUGAAAGGUAAGUUUGACCACUUGAAUUGCCGAAUUUAAUUUUGAACAUAAUGUUGAUUGUUCCUGGUAAAAAAUUUCACUCAUAAUAUCUGUGAUCAAAUUGAAAAUGAUAUUGUAAUUCAGUUAAUGUUCUCUAUGAUGAAGAUCUCUCAACGUCAAUCCCUAAUCUUAAAUCUAAUAGCAAGUAUUUGUGACAUUCUGACGACAUGGUGAAGCAUGAUCAGUUCUGUCUCGAUUUUAUUUAACGAUAAUUACAUUCAGUUGUCUUUGUUUUCUUGAUAAAUAAAUUAUAUACGAGCAUGGGAUUUAACUUUUGUAACAUUUAUAAGUACAGCGACGUGUAUGUUAAGAUCUUUAACUCUCUUUUAAUGAUAUGAUAAUAUAUAAAACUUACUAAUAAUAUUAACCAAUAGGAUUGUAUAUAUUAAUGUGUAUAUGGACUGUAGAAUGCUAAUCUCUCUCGCUUAUGGCGAACGCCAUCUCUAGCAUGUACAAAAUUAUGAAUCUUGAAUGAAGUUAUUCAAAUGAAGUGUGAAAGCUAUAUCGCAUUAUGCUGAAUUAAGAAGAUUUAAUACGACAGUUAAUCUCACAGGAUAAGAAAAACUGUAAAAGAAAGAGCUUCAAGUUCAUACUGAUAUAUAUUUUGGACAAAAACUCUGAUAAUAAGUAUCAUCUAACAGGAUAGACUAAAUUUA